GGCCAAAAUCUAUUUUUGACACUCCCGUAGGGGAGUACGGAUGUGAGUCGAAAAAUCGAUUGAAAGAUAUUCCAAAAUAAAUCUUUGAAAUAUCAUCAGGGGCCUCCAUUGACUUGUUUUUAAUACAAAAAACCGAAAUAUUUUGGGGGCGGAAAAACCGCCUUAACGCCACUUGUCGUUUAUGUUAACUUCCUUUUUUUUUUUUUUUUAGGUAAUUAUGCAAAUGGUUUUGUAAUUAAAAAUGAUAAAUUAGAUUUUGAUCGAGAUCGUUUUCUUGAACCAUAUCUUGGAUCUCAUGUGCAUACAUUUAUGUCUACUAUUGCUCAUACACAAGUGUUUGAACAAUUUUCACGAUAUCGAACUUAUGCACAACUUCAACGUGAAAUUGAUGUCGAUGAAUUUGAUCUUGAAGUUGAUAAUUUACAAAAACUUCAACAAUCAAAAAAAGUAAAUAGAAUACAAAAAUAGAAAAUGUUUUUACUGAUCAACUUUAGCCUUUUCAAUUUUGGACACGAGAGAUUUUUUUAAAAGCAAGUAGAAUAUGCAUGUACCCUAAGAAUUCCUUUUACCUGCAAGUGUUUACCUGUACAUAUUACAAAGUGAAAGAUUACGUUUGGAUGUUUUCUUAUGAGUUUUUCAAAUUUGAAUAUGACUUUUCGAACUUAUGUUUUUUUCAUUUAAGAAAAAUUAUAUUAUAAUUACAAAGAAUUGAAAAGUAUAUCAGACAUUAUCAUUGAUUUAAGUGUUGUAUUUGGCUAAUCAUAUAUUAACAAAAUACUACUAAUGAGAGAAGAUGUCAACUUGAUUAAUCACUUUAUAGUCAGAACUAUGUAUGUACCAUUCAUCUAAUUGCAUUGGAUAAAUAACAUAUUUCAAGUACGAGUAGUUGAUGCAUAAAUAAAUAUUUGAUAAGUUGCACAGCUUUCAAUUUUCAUCUGAUUUUUUAGUUGAAAAACCAAAAACUUUCCAACAUAAAAAUGUGUUUACUUUUUGUGUACUCAAAAAGUGAGUACACUCUAGAAUCGGUCAGUGUGUCCGUCCGUCCGUCCGUCCGUUUACACGAUAACUUUUGAAAGGAGAGUCCAAUCACGAUGAAAUUUUCCACA